AUGCCGGGGCCCGCGGAGGCAUCGCCGGACGGCGGCCUCAGCGGCCCGUAUGCAUUCCUGAGGGACUAUACAUGCUCCUCACUUAACGUCAAGCAUGAAACCUUUCAGCGUCUCCUCAGCUCUGAUGUCAGGAGCGUCUUGACGGGCUUUGUCGAGAAUGCCGACACCACCAGGCUUUUGGUGUUUCACGAUGGGAAGGACAUCACAGCGGCAUCCAAGCCACCAUCCAAGCCCAAGAAGAAGAUGGUUUACUUCAUUAAGAUCUCAAACGUCGUUCUGGACAAGGACAACAUCAGCCGGAUGGUGUUGUGCGGAGACCUGGGUGAGUCGCCUCUGGAGGUGCUGAGCGCCUUCAGCUCGGAGGUUGCUCUGCCAAUGCUGCGUCAGCAGGUCACCCGCGGCGCAUGGCACAGUGCUGCCGCCCUGGAAGUCACCCACAGCCUCCAGGAAUUUGCCUCGAGCGCGUACAUUGCCCUGGGGCACAUGAAGGGUCAGAAGCUGCUGCCGAUGCCCGCUUCCUGGGUGAAAGCAACGCCACCUGCCAGCGGCGCAUCCACCCCGGUCCCUGUGACUAACGAGGAGGUUCACUCCAUAGAGGCGGCUGUCAAUGGCUGGAUGUGCCUCAUCAAGGACGUCCUGGGUGCCACCUCUGAGUCUAGCAUCCAGGAGAUGUCAGACGCGGGACCAUUGGCUGAGCUGGACUUCUGGGCAGCUCGGGCAGCCGAUUUGGUCAGCCUGGCAGCCCAGCUGGGUAGCGAGCGAGUGCAGGGCCUUGCACACAAAUUGGAAGUCGCCGGAUCCACAUAUGCGCCCGCGCUGCAAAGGCUGGUGCAGGAGGUGGAGAUUGCUCGUGUGGAGGCGGUCGACAACGCCAAGUACCUGGCGCCACUCCGCAAGCCGCUGCAGCGCUUCACUGAGAGCGAUGAUUUCAGUGCCCUCCCUGACAAGUUCAAGGGGCUGUUCCACAUGCUGCUGCUGGUGUGGCAGCACAGUGGCCACUACAACACUGCCGGCCGCAUGGUGCCCCUGCUGCGCCUCAUCAUCGACAGCCUCAUCUCCCAGGCCCGCAGGAACACGCCAGGGCCGGAGCUGCUGCAGAUGGAUCCGGCGGACGCUGCCGAGAGGCUGCAGGUGUCUCUGCGCGUCCUGGCCGCCUUUACUGCCUGCUACAAGGACUACAAGAUCCGCAGCUUGACGGCGACGCCGGAGAACCCGUGGCGCUUUGGCACGGCGGCGGUGUUUGGGCACCUGCAUGUGUUCCGGCAGCGUUUGAGCGACCUGGCCGACAUCUGCACCACUGCUGUUCAAUUUAGCCGCCUCGAACGCAUUGAAGUCGGCGGCUCUGACGGCAAGGCGUUGACGCAGAACCUGCGAGUCAUCCACGGGGAGGCGGCGGCCGCAUUUGCGCGCGUGCAGGCGCUGCCGUACGACCCUCUGGACGCGGCCGAGACGGGCUUCGUGGCCGACAGCGCCGCGUACCGGGCCAGCCUGCAGGAGCUCGAACGCCGACUCGCCACCAUCAUCUCCCAGGCGUAUGAUCAGAGCGGCUCGUUCGGCAGCGCGUUCAAGGCGCUGGAGGGGUUUGAAGGGUUGCUGGAACGCACGCUCAUCGCCUCAGACGUGCGCCGCAGGGCCUCCGCUCUGCUGACCACCCUCACCAUCGACCUGGCAAGGGUGUCGCACGAGUUCAGGAGCAGGAAGGAUGCGCCAGUGCUGGGGAAGAACGCUGCGCCGCACUCUGGGGCUGUGGCGUGGGCACAUGGCCUGCGUGACCGCAUUACAGAGCCCAUGGAGAAGGCUAAGGCGCUCGGCAAAGCAGCGCUGAACACCGAAGAGGGCCGCAGGGCGAGUGAGAAUUACACCAAGCUCAUGGCUGAGCUGGCGGCGUACAAGGCUGCCACGGUGGCGGACUGGUGCCAGCUGCUGUCGGACACCUCUGACCAGAAACUGAAGCAGCCGCUUCUCAGGCACGCACUGCCACCCUGCCAAGAGAUUGAGGCGGCGGAUGGGUUGCCGCAGCUGGCGGUGAACUUUGACCCAGCGCUGGUUCGGCUGCUGCGCGAGGUGCGCUACUUCCUGCUCCUGCCGCAACUGCCCGCCGAAAUCCCCGCCAACGCCCUAAAGGUGCGCGUCACGCCUGCUGUUUUUAAUAAGUAUAGACGGUCCGACAGUUUCCGAGCGCAGAUCAGCGCGCUGGAGAUGAUCUGCCACACCUACAAUGACAUCCAGCGCACAGUGGCCCCCGUAGAGAAGCCCCUGGUGCAGGCCAAGCUCGACAGCGUCGACGCCGCUCUUCAGAACGGCCUUGCGGUGCUGACAUGGAACUCGCACAGCGUGGAUGAGCGCAUCAGCGAGACAAUGUCAUCGGUGCGUGAGCUGGACGAGCUGCUGAAGAGGAUCAAGGGAGUUGAGAGACGUGCGCACGAGCUAGCGGCUGAGUGGUCCGCGCACAGCCUCUUCGAGCGCCGGGAGGGGCAGGUGCUGUCCUUCAAGGAGUUGCGCGCACAGUUCAGCGUCGGGUUUGGAGCUAAGAGCGCUGGGAUCAUCGAGGGUGGCCGCGAAAUGGCGCGGUUGAUGGCCGAUACGCUGAGCGCGCUCAGCACGCUGGGUCGCGCGUCGCCAGCCUGGACCUCGUACACCGCCCACAUCGCUGACAUCAUCGUCGCCGGGCUGCGCAGAUGCGCGCUCGUCUCUCUGCGCUACCUGCGCUCCCUGGUGGAGCCGCAGUUAUCUCAGAGGGAGGGGUAUGUGCCACUGCUGGAGGUGAAGCUAGAGCUCUUCGAGGCUGAAAUUCGAUGGGUCCCAGAAUUGGAUAUUAGUGCCAAAUCAGGCGUCCAUUCCAUGCUUAACGACUGGCUGCAUGCCUUCUGCGGUGUGGGCGGAUUGGUCAGCUUUCUCUCUCUUGCCGCAGGCAAUUACUCCAAGGGGGUUGAGGAGGACGGCGCAGUGACAGAUAUUAGUCAGCAAAUCCUGAAGGAUUUGGCGGCGGCUGAAUCAAAUGCUGAGCUCUUCCGGACACAAUUUGAGCGCUUUUCACAUCUUUGGAGUACGCCUAUGCAAGCGUCAUUGCAGGAACUUUUACAAGUGGACGCAACACCAUCUUCUAACGCAACCCAUGCGGCGCCGUCACUAGGACAGUUUGAGACCAAGAUUGCGCACUUCCGAAAACUGGAGGAAGAGAUAAAUGCGCAACCCAGCUUGCUCACUGUCGGCUAUGUGCGAGCGGACGCACGGCCAUUGAAGCAAACGCUUUUUGCUUGGCUGUCCAAAUGGAUCUACAUGUACACGGAGUGCCUACAAGAGAGGGUGUUGAAGAGCACACAAGAACUGUACGCCUUCAUGGGAGAUGCCAGCGCGACACUCGAUGUGCAUGUAGACCCGCCCGAAAGCGCCGAGUUCAAGGAGCAACAAGAGAUGCCGCGUCAUUCGCCUUUGUACAUGAUUAUGGCAGCCAUCUGCAACGUGAAGAAGCGCACCGAGCGAACCGAGGCCAGCUUUGGGCCAUUGCGAGACACUGUGGCAUUGCUUGUACGUUACAAUAUUAGCAUGAGCAUAGAAGUUGCACGGCAAUUGGAAGAGGCGCCCGCCGCUUGGAAGGCCCUCCUCAAGAAAAUGUUGCAACGGAAGGAAGAAUUGGGAUAUUUGCAACAAGCAGAAGCUAUUAAGAUCCGUCGCAUUAGCGAUGGCUUCCAACAACGUGUGGACACAUUCCGCGCCUUCUUCCACAAAACCGCUCCUUUCUCCAUAAACGGAAAAGACCUUUCUUUGGAUCAUGUGGCGGUAGCAUACUCUACCAUAGAUGCUUUUGAGGAAAAGGGCGUUGAAGACUGGCCAAGCGUGGGUGCCAUGCUGGCGGAGGCAUCAGUCAUGCGUGAGAACCAAGAGCUAUUCGAGUUGCAUGUCUCCGACUACCUCCCGCUCAUUCGAUGCCAGGAGGAGCUGAGUAACUUGAAGUCUUUAUGGGGGAUGGUGGAACGGGUGCUAAGCACCUUUUGCAAGUGGUAUGUAACACUUUGGGACAAAAUUGAUGUGGACCAACUAUUAGAGCGUUGCAAAGCCCUUGCCAAGGAUGUGAAAACUCUCAACAAAGCUGUGCGCCUCUACGAUGUUUUUAGGAAUCUUGAAGAUGCCUUGAAGGCAAUGCAGACUUCUUUGCCGCUUGUGAGUGAGCUGCACCACCCUGCCAUGAGGCCGCGCCACUGGAAGCAACUCAUGAAGGCAACGGGCGUGCACUUUGUGAUGGACGGAUCUUUCAGCCUAGGGGACUUGAUGCGUCUGGGUUUGCACCAAUAUGUGGACGCUUGUAGUGAAACUGUGGAUCGUGCCGAGAAGGAGCUCACUAUUGAAAAUGCCCUCAAGAAAAUUGAGGAUACAUGGGCUAGCCUUGCCCUUGCCUUCACUCCCUAUCAGGCUUCGGCAAUUCUAGAGCUUGUUGUGGAUGAGACCAUCACCGAGACGUUGGAGACCGACAAUCUUGUUUUACAAAAUAUGAGUAGCAGCAAAUAUGUCCAAGCCAAUGAGUUCUUCUUGGAGAAGGUGUCAGUGUGGCAACGACGCCUUGGUGCGGUGGAUGCGGUGCUAAUGACCUGGAUGGACGUUCAAAAGAAGUGGCAAGCGCUUGAAUCCAUCUUUGUGGGAUCCGCAGAUAUCCGUGUUCAACUACCCGAUGAUUCCAAGCGCUUUGAUAUCAUCAAUGCCAACUUCCAGGAGCUUAUGAGAGAUGCACCCAACAUGACAAAUGUGGUGGAAGCAUGCAGCAAAGAAAAUCGACAAGUAACGCUAGAUGCAUUGUUAGAACAACUAGAAAUGUGUGAGAAGGCUUUGCAGGACUACUUGGAAACCAAACGCAUUGCAUUCCCCCGCUUCUACUUUGUUGCCCCUGCGGAUCUUCUUGACAUCCUAUCUAAAGGCUCAGAUCCGCAAGCCAUCUUAAGGCACUUGCCAAAAAGUUUUGAUAACGUGCACAACUUGGAGUUCAAAAAAGACUUGACUGGAUUCCCCACCAAGACGGCCAUUGGGAUGUAUUCAGGGGAGGGGGAAUAUGUUCCUUUCGCAAAUGACUGUAGUUGUGAAGGCCCCGUGGAAGUUUGGUUGCAAAAUGUGGUUGACGCAAUGCAGGCGGCACUUAGUGCAGAAUUCAAAUUGGCCGUCCCCACGUACGAGGAAAAACCACGCACAAAAUGGAUUUUUGAAAACAGUGUACAAAAUACGGUGGUCGUGUCUCGCACUUUCUUUACCCAAGAAGUCAAUGAAGCCUUUGCCGAUAUGGAAGAUGGCAAUGAAGUUGCGCUAAGGGAAGUGUAUGAGCGGCAAGUGGCACAACUUGCGGAUCUAAUUGAAAUAGUGAAUGGGGAGCUGUCAAGGAAUGACAGGAAGAAAUUGAUCACUUUGUGCACCAUUGAUGUGCAUGCACGUGAUGUUGUGCAACGGCUCAUUGACGAACGUGUGGAAAAUGGUGCCGCGUUUCAAUGGCAAAGUCAAUUGCGGUACACACAACACGACAAGACAAAAGAAUGCCAGGUCAACAUAUGUGAUGCCGACAUUUCCUACAAUUACGAAUACAUCGGCAACUGUGGUUGUUUGUGUAUCACACCUUUGACUGACCGGUGCUACAUAACUCUAACGCAAGCUCAGCGAUUGAUCCUUGGUGGCGCUCCUGCAGGUCCCGCAGGCACAGGGAAGACAGAGACCACAAAGGAUCUUGCGCGAGCCUUGGGUGUGCAAUGCUACGUGUUCAAUUGCAGUGACCAAAUGGAUUACAAAGCGAUGGGCCAAAUAUACAAAGGGCUUGCACAAACUGGUGCUUGGGGUUGUUUUGAUGAAUUCAAUCGUAUCCCUGUUGCGGUUCUCUCAGUUUGCUCCACACAAUAUAAGACUGUGUUGGAUGCAUUGCGGGCAAGGAAAGAACGCUUCAUGUUUGAAGGCACAGAAAUUCGGUUGAAACCCACAGUAAUGGCUUUCAUCACGAUGAAUCCGGGCUAUCCUGGCCGUGCUGAGCUACCAGAGUCUCUAAAGGCGUUAUUCCGUCCAGUGAGCAUGUGUGUUCCCGAUUUGAAUCUCAUUUGUGAGAUUAUGCUGAUGGCGGAAGGAUUUCAGCAAAGCAAGAUCCUUAGCCGCAAGUUUGUCAUCCUCUACAAGCUGUGUGAGGAUUUGUUGUCCAAAAGCAAACAUUAUGAUUGGAAAUUACGAGCAAUAAAGACCACACUCUACGUGGCGGGCGGCAUGAAGCGCCAGACACCAGAUCUGUCGGAAGAUAAGGUGUUACUGCGUGCGUUGCGUGAUUUUAACUGUGGCAAGCUCACUGCGGAUGACACGAGCAUCUUUAUGGGCCUUCUCAACGACUUGUUCCCCAAGACUUUAGAGCUCGUGCCCCGUGCUGAUGACCACUUCUUUAACGCAAAGGUGAAAGAAGCCGCGCAAGAGCUUGGGUACCAGCCGGAUGCAAUAUUUUGCUUGAAGGUGAACCAAUUGCGUGAAAUUUUUGCUGUGCGGUGGAGUGUGUUCUUGUUGGGACCCGCUGGUUGUGGCAAGACGGCCAUUUGGAAGACCCUCAUGCGUGCACAACAAUUGGCUGGGGAAAAGACCGUGUAUAAACCCAUAAAUCCAAAGGCUGUAACUCGCAAUGAAUUAUAUGGAUACUUGCACCCCACGACUCGUGAGUGGAAGGAAGGAUUGAUAAGCGUCACGUAUCGUGACAUGGCCAAUAAUAAAACGAACAAGCACCAGUGGAUUUUGUUGGACGGUGACAUUGACGCCGAGUGGAUUGAGAGCAUGAACACCGUGAUGGACGACAAUAAAAUGCUUACUCUCGCAAGCAAUGAGCGCAUUCCAUUAUCACCGUCUAUGCGGCUGCUCUUGGAGAUCAAUCAUAUGAAUCAUUGCUCGCCUGCCACCGUAUCUCGUGGCGGUGUAAUUUAUGUCAAUGCCGAGGACAUUGGCUGGCGACCACCGGUCGAGAGUUGGCUCCAAUCGCUGGAUGCAACCGAAUAUCGACCUAUCUUAUCGGCGUUAUUUGACAAAUAUGUGGAGGCGACAAUGGAAUAUUGCCGACGCAAUUUUAAGACCGUUGUUCCUUUGCCCGCCAUAAACCAAGCCAUGACUGUCUGUAAGAUUCUAGAGGGCAUCCUUCCAAAGGAAUCCGUGAGAGGUUUGCAACCAGACAAAAUGUUGGUAGAGUCAUAUUUUGUUUUUGCUUGCAUCUGGGCUUUUGGGGGUACAAUGAUGGUGGACAAGACGUGUGACUACCGCAUGCACUUUUCCAAAUGGUGGACGGCGGAAUGGAAAACAAUCGCAUUUCCUGAUCAGGGCCUGGUAUAUGACUACUUUGUGGAUGAAAAGACGGGGGGAAUGACACCCUGGGAAAGAAUGGUGCCCAAAUUCACUUACGCACCGGGCAAUUUCUCAAAUAUAUUUGUUCCCAACGUUGAGACGACACGGAUGACGUAUUUCCUCGACUCCCUUAUUGCCAACAAGCAUCAUGUGAUGUUUGUGGGCUCCACGGGCUCGGGGAAAACUGCAAUAAUGCGUGAAAAGUUGAGGGCUAUGGACAGUGGCGCAAUGGGCUAUACGACCAUAAAUCUCAAUUCCUAUUCUGAUGCACCAUCUUUGCAACCAAUCCUAGAGCAGCCGCUUGAAAAAAAGUCGGGUGUGAGAUAUGGGCCACCAGGGUCAAGACGGCUGGUGUACUUUGUGGAUGAUAUGAACAUGCCUUUUGUGGACAAAUAUGACACACAAUCCGCCAUUGAACUUUUGCGCCAAUCUAUCGACUAUAAGGGCUGGUUUGACAAGGUGAAGGUGAUGAUGAAGGAAGUGACCAACACACAAUAUGUGGCAUGCAUGAAUCCCACGGCGGGCUCUUUUCAAGUGACACCGCGCAUGCAACGGCAUUUUGCAACCUUUGCCGUUCAAAUGCCCUCUACAGACAUUCUCACCGUGUCCAUCUAUUCAACAAUAAUCGAGGGGCAUCUUCAACAAGGAAGUUUUACGGCCGAAGUAGUAGCACUAGGACCAAAGCUUGUGGAUGCAAUGAUCGAGUUGCAUGCAAAUGUUUUGAGUACUUUCUUGCCAUCAGCCACCAAAUUCCACUACCAAUUCAAUUUACGGGAGUUGUCUGCCAUUACCCAGGGGUUGUGUCAAAUGGUUGGAGAGCAGUUCAAGAACAAGGGUAGUGUGGUGAGCUUGUGGAUACAUGAAUGUGAACGAGUUUUAAGCGAUCGCCUCAUUAAUGACAACGAUAUUGCCAAAUUCGAUGAGUUACGCAUAAAUGUUACUCGGAAAUUCUUCGAUGACAUCGCUCAGGUGAGCGUUGUUGUCGAGAAACAUCCCCGCAUGAUGGACACAUUUACAACCAUAGAUACGGAAGAUCGGCCAUUGUACGCAGAGGUGGCAAGCUUUGACAUUUUGCGUGCAACACUGGAUGCCAAAUUGGCGGAAUACAACGAGUCAAACCCUAGCAUGGAUCUUGUUCUCUUCCAACAGGCGAUGGAGCAUGUAUGCCGCAUCACACGCAUCAUUGCAAUGCCUUGUGGCAAUGCUAUGCUUGUUGGUGUUGGCGGCUCAGGCAAGCAAUCCCUAGCACGGCUGGCCGCCUACUUAUGUGGCUACGAGGUUUUCCAAAUUUCGGUUUCCUCAACAUAUGGGGUGGCCGACUUCAAGGAAAAUUUACUCUCAUUGUACCACAAAACAGGAGUCAAGGGAACGCAAGUUGCUUUCAUAUUGACCGACAACCAAAUAACGAACGACAAGUUUCUUGUUUACAUAAAUGACUUCCUCGCAACGGGCAAUAUCUCAGACCUUUGCAGUCCGGAUGACAAGGACAAUUUCAGCAAUGCCGUGCGGAAUGAAGUGAAGGGAGCUGGGCUUUUGGACACACCUGGAAAUUGUUGGGAUUAUUUCAUUGAAAAGGUGCGCCGCAAUUUACACCUUAUUCUAUGUUUCAGCCCGGUGGCUGAUAAAUUCCGCAUACGCGCUCGGCAAUUUCCAGCCCUCGUCAAUUGUGUUGCAUUUGAUUGGUUCCAUACGUGGCCGACAGAGGCUCUUGUAAGCGUCGCCAAAAGGUUCUUGAACGACAUUCCGGAAAUGGACGAUAAUGUCAAGGACAAUCUUUCACAACACAUGGCUUUCGCCCAUUUGGCUGUCGCGAAAGAAUCCAAAAGGUACAUGGAAACCAUACAGCGAUAUAAUUACACAACUCCAAAGAGCUAUCUAGAAUUCAUAUCACUUUACAAAUCAAUGCUUGCACGGAAGCGUGUUCAACUGAAAGCCGACAAGGAACGCUUGGAAAAUGGUGUUGAUAAGAUCGUCCAAGCUUCAGCUCAGGUCGAGGAUCUACAAAUGAAUUUAAAAGAAGAACUUGUCAUUGUGGAAGAAAAGAAAGCAACCACUCAAGCAUUGAUAGAGAAUAUUGGAUUGGAGAAAGCCAUUGUAGAUGAAGCAGUUGAGACUAGCAGGGGGGAUGAAGAGGCCGCGGCAAAGUUGCAGGAAGAAGUCACGACUUUUCAAGAUGAAUGUAGUAAAGAUUUGGAAGCAGCUGAACCUGUGAUCAAAGAAGCCGAAGCAUCACUGAAUAGCUUGGACAAAGCUAGCUUGGGAGAGCUUAAAUCCUUUGGCAGCCCAGCAGCAGAAGUUGUCAAUGUGGUAUCGGCAUGCAUGGUGCUGACAUCUCCAGGAGGAAAGAUACCGAAGGAUAUUGGUUGGGCUGCCGGCAAAAAAUUCAUGGGCAAUGUCGAUGCUUUCUUGAAAAUGCUAUUGACUUUCAACAAAGAUGCCAUUCCGUUACCAUGCGUUGAAAAAGUUGAAAAGGACUUCAUAUCCAAUUCAGCCUUCAAUGCAGAGAACAUUCGCACAAAGUCCGGCGCUGCUGCAGGCCUUUGCGGUUGGGUCAUUAACAUUUGCAAAUACUUCCGUAUUUAUCAGGUUGUCGCUCCUAAGCGUGCGGCACUUGCUGAAGCCAAUAAGAGGUUUGGUGAAGCCAGCAAAAAGCUUUCAAUCAUCCGUGCCCGAGUAAAAGACUUACAAGAUCGGGUUGCCUCACUUGAAGACUCCCUUAUGAAGGCAUUGGCCACAAAUGACAAGAACGCCGCCAUUGCACAAGCAGAGAAAACGGCAACAAAGGCCCAACUUGCAGAGCGCCUCAUAAAAGGCUUAUCAAGUGAAUUUCAACGUUGGACAAGCACCAUCAAACAACUCGCAUUGGCCGAAGGCAAACUGGUUGGCGAUGUUAUGCUAGCCGCCGCAUUUGUGAGUUAUGCGGGGCCGUUCAACGCAAAGUUUCGACAAGACCUAGUGUUGCAACAAUGGCUACCGGACUUGCAAGAACGCGCUAUUCCUCUAACUCAAGGAAUCAUGCCCCUCGACAUUCUUGCAAAUGAUACCGAAAAGGCCCAAUGGGCUCAAGAGGGUUUACAAAGCGACAAUUUGAGCGUUGAGAAUGGCGCAAUCUUGUCGGCGGCGGCAAGGUGGCCGCUUAUGCUUGAUCCACAAAUCCAAGGCAUCAAGUGGAUAAUUGAGAAAGAAUCGGAGAACAAUUUACAUGUCAUUCAAUUAUCCCAGCCAAAAUACAUUGAAAAGGUGAUACAAUGCAUUCAAGAGGGACUUCCGUUAUUGAUCGAGAAUUUGCCUGAGGACAUCGAUGCUGUGAUGGAUCCUGUUUUGGGCAAACAAAUUAGUAAGCGUGGCCGCAAUCUUAUCUUAAAACUGGGUGAUGUUGAAAUUGAAUACAAUCCCAAAUUCAGGUUGUACUUAGCAACUAAAUUGGCCAACCCACAUUAUCGCCCAGAAAUUGCUGCGCAAACUACGCUAGUAAAUUUUUGCGUGACGGAAGAGGGAUUAGAGGAGCAAUUGCUUGCCGCGGUGGUCAAACACGAGCGACCAGAUCUACAAGAGGCUGCGGCGGUGCUUGUGCGCCAGUUAGCUGAUUAUACUAUAACACUUACUUCCCUUGAGAACAAUCUUCUCGCACGAUUGGCGAAUAGCAAGGGGGAUUUUUUGGAAGAUAUCACUCUUAUUGAAAAUCUAGAGGAGACCAAACGCACGGCGUUGGACAUUGCCGAUAAGGUGACCUUGGCACAUGAAACAAGUAACAAGCUUACCCGGGCACGCGAAGUAUAUCGGCAUGUGGCAAAGCGGGGCGCUUCUAUGUACUUUUUGGUGGAUGCCCUUUCGGCAUUGGAUCGUGUCUAUCAUUACUCAAUGGCAAAUUUUGUGAUAAUCAUGCAAAAAGGAAUGGAUUUUACACCGGGAGGCAAGGAUGAAAGCAGAGUGCCAUUGUCAAAGCGACUGGAUACUGAACUCGACUUGAAUGAACGCGUGCUACUCCUAGCCGAGACCAUUACUUUUACUCUAUAUACUUACAUUUCUCAGGGUGUUUUUGAACGGCAUAAGUUGAUUCUUGCAAUGCAACUAUGCAUGAUAGUGCUCAAAACAGAAAGCGAAGUGCAAAAAAGUAAAUUCAAUUACUUUUUGCGUGGCCCUUCCAACCCUACAUCCAACAAUACAUUGAAGGAGUGGAUACCAGAUUCUGCUUGGCAAGCGAUUCAAUCUUUGAAGGACAUUGAUGGAUAUAAACACUUGCCGGAUGACAUGGCUGCGUCUGUGAAGCGAUGGCAAGAGUGGAUGGAUGCCGAGCGCCCCGAAGAUGAAACGCUUCCAGGUGAUUGGAAACGAUUAAGUGAAUUUGACCGCCUACUUCUUUUCCGUGCCUUGCGACCCGAUCGCCUCACGGCGGCAAUGCGCAAAUUUGUGAAGAAUACGCUCGGUGUUGAAUACGCCAAUUCAACGCCCUUCAACCUUGAGGCAUCCUUCCAGGACUCCGACUCAACAACACCAAUAAUUGUCUUUCUAUCCCCGGGAGUGGAUGUUGCAGCCAUAGUCAGGAGCCUAGGCCGAAAACUUGGAUUCACGUAUGAGAGUGGCACAUAUGCUGCUGUGUCACUUGGACAGGGACAAGAGCUACUCGCAACGGAUGAACUAGCAAAAGCGCGUAAAAAUGGGGGCUGGGUCUUGCUGCAAAAUAUUCAUCUCACGAUUGAUUGGACAACGGGCACUCUGGACAAACUUGUGGAUAAACUUGGGGAAGGAUCCCAUUCAAAUUUUAGGUUGUUUCUAUCAGCUGAGCCGCCACCAUUGCUUGAAAAGCCUUUGCCGGUCUCCCUCCUUCAAAAUUCCAUUAAAUUGACGAAUGAGCCUCCAGAAGGUUUGAAGGCUAAUUUCAAAAGGGCAUAUGGUAACUUUACAGACGACAUCUUAGAAGCUUGCGCUAAACAAUCUGAAUUUAGAGCCAUUGCAUUUGCUCUAUGUUUCUUCCAUGCUUCCUUAUUACAACGGAAGAAAUUUGGUGUUGGUAAUCUCCCUGGAGCAACUUCUGGCAUUGGCUGGAACAUGAACUAUCCAUUCAACACUGGAGAUUUGAUAUGUUGUGGGCAAUGCGCUUCAAAUUACCUUGAUAACAAUGCAAAAAUUCCAUGGGAGGAUUUGCGUUACAUAUUUGGCGAGAUUAUGUAUGGAGGACAUAUUGUGGAGGAUUGGGAUCGAAGGCUUGCUACGGCAUAUUUAUCAAGAUAUUUCAAUGAAGGGCUCAUUGAGACGAGUGAUCAUUUCCCAUCCUUCCCCAGCCCUCCGUCAUCAUUCGCAAAUAUUGCAGUUCUUGAAUUUAUCGAAGAAAAUUUGCCACCGGAAUCUGCAACAGCUUAUGGUCUACACCCCAACGCUGAAUUGGGUUUUCAACGGCGGGAAGCAUCGUACUUUUGCACCUCGUUCAUGUGCCUCCAACCAAGAGAGGCAGUUCAAGAGGGUGGGUUGCGUGUGGAGGAACAAGCAAAAAUUAUAUUGGAUGAUGUUUUGGAUCGAUUGCCUGACGUUCCCAAUCUCGAUGAAAUUCGGAAGAGGGUCGAGGAGCUGACACCUUAUACAAUGGUAGCUCUUCAGGAAACCGAGCGGAUGGUGAUUCUUCUAAAGACAAUAAAAUCAAGUCUUGCGGAACUGGAUCUAGGAUUGAAAGGCAUUUUGACAAUGAGUGAGACAAUGGAGAGCUUGAUGUUUGCCCUUUCCACUGGCACCGUUCCAAACGCGUGGGCUUUAGCCGCAUAUCCAUCGCUUCGCCCUUUGAGCUCUUGGGUUACCAAUCUUCUUGCACGAGCAACUCAAUUAGCCGAAUGGACGUCAGACUUCAGUGUGCCUAAAUCCGUGUGGUUGCCCGGUUUAUUCAACCCACAGUCGUUCCUUACAGCUGUGAUGCAAACAACAGCGAGGAAAAAUGAUUGGCCGCUCGAUAAAACGACACUUGUAACAGAGAUCACCAGAAAGAGCUUCCAAGACAUUGAUGCUCCAUCUCGCGACGGCGCAUACGUGCACGGGCUUUUCCUUGAAGGUGCACGUUGGGAUGGGAAAAUGGCCGUACUUGUGGAAUCCCAUCCGAAGGAGCUUGCAACUCAAUUGCCGGUGAUGCUCAUUCGUGCCGUCCCAACAAACAGGCUUGAUAACAAAGAUGUAUAUGAAUGCCCCGUUUAUGCAACUGAGGCUCGUUUUAGACAAGAGGUUUUUACAGCUCAGCUUAAAACAAAACAAUCAUGGAUCCAGUGGACAAUGGCAGGAGUUUGUUUGCUUUUGGAUGUUGUGUAA